UCCCGUAGAGCUCAGAGGCCGUUGUCCAAUGGCUGAGCGACUUUCAGCUGCAGGUCUACGCUCCAAACUUCGUGGGCGCUGGGUAUGACCUGCCCACCAUUAGCCGAAUGACCCCAGAGGAUCUGACUGCGAUUGGAAUAACUAAACCAGGUCACAGGAAGAAAAUGACCUCAGAGAUCAACAAGCUGAGCGUCACAGAGUGGCUGCCUGAUCAGAAACCUGCCAAUCUAGGAGAGUGGCUGUCUGCCAUUGGUCUAAACCAGUACCACCAGGUGUUAGUGCAGAACGGCUACGAGAACAUCGACUUCAUCACUGACAUCACUUGGGAGGACCUGCAGGAAAUAGGCGUCACAAAACUGGGCCACCAGAAGAAGCUGAUGCUGGCGGUGAAGCGACUGGCUGAGAUGCAGCGCGGAUCAGAUGGUCGGGGCUCCCUCCGAAAGAAGCCCCCACCAAUCGCACAGCAGCAGGAAGUCGCGUCCAUGGACAGCCCGCCUCCAGAGGAGCUCAUGUCUCCAAAGAUGAGCACCUUCCAGGACAGCGAGUUGAGCACCGAGCUACAGAGUGCGAUGACGCAGCCAUGUCAGGAGGUCAAAGCUCAACGCACACGCAGCGUCAGUAAAGACCAUGAUGAGGUGACGGCAGGAGGUGGGGGAGGAGGCACUGGCCCGCCUAAGAAGGAGGCACGGACUAUGAGGCAGCAGAGUAGCCAGGGAAGCACCUCCUCCCACAGGGGCAGCGCCUCCUCUCAAGGCAAACACCGUCACUCCCACUCCCACUCCCAGCCUGCCCCUCCCUACACGCCGCCUCACACUCCCACCAAGUCUAGAACCUCAUCUUCCUCCUCCACUUCCUCCGUCCAGAGCACAGCUUCCUCGCAGUCCAAAACCAAACCUCAGUUCAUCCAUGGCGAGAGACCUCAGUCGCCGCGCUCACACCCCCCUCAAUCUCCGACCCACCGUGGCGCUCCGGGUCCUCAGCCUCAGCAGCAGCAGCAGCAGCAGCAGCAGCCGCCUCCGGUCCAGCCACCGCAACAGGCAAACCCUCAACAUCACCCGCAGGCGCAGGGGACGGAGGUCCGGGAGAGUCCGCAACCACAGGUCCCUCUCCUCUGCCUCCCGCCAGAGGCCGAACUGGCCGAGGAAGAAGGAGCAGAACCCUCGGCGCUCCAGAAGAAACGUGCACACAGUCUCAACCGAUACGCCGUGUCGGACGGCGAGUGUGAUGACCGGGCAGGACGCGGAGGCGGAGGAGGUGAAGGAGAAGCGGAUGCGGCUGUGAGUCAGAGCUCGAUGGUCGUCAGAGGGGAAGGAGGUAAAUACGCCACAGUGACCCACCGCGUCAGUCGCAGCCACUCUGUCCGAAACCAGGACAAGAACGCCAACCGCAACCAGACGCUGUCCUUCGCUCUGCGUCAGAAGAAGAAAGGCCCACCCCCACCCCCGCCCAAACGCUCCAGCUCAGCCAUCUCCAGCUCCAACUCCAACCUGUCGGACGCCAACGCACAGCAGCCCGCACUCACCACGACAGGCGGGAUGCUGGAUGUGCCUUACCACCAACAGCGGCGAGCCAGCGAUCUCGGAGUGUCCGUGGAAGCCGGUGCUGUGGAGACGAACAGCAUGGGUAGUGUGAGGAGCAUCGCCGCCAUGUUGGAAAUGUCUUCUAUAGGGGGAGGAGCCAAAGGCAUGGCGCUGCAGAAGAACUUCCUGCAGGUGGGAAAAACGCCACGCGACACCAUCGGUCUGGACGGCGAAGUGGUGAACCGACGGCGAACCAUCAGCGGCCCCGUCACUGAGCUGGUGGCAGCCGCCAGGCGCAACCAGCCGACUCCCUCCGCUCUUCCAUGUCCCUCCGUACAACCUGAACCUGAAUCCUCCCCUCCCGCUGUAAAUUCGUCCUCGCCACACCCUCCGUCCUCCCCCCAUCCGAGUUCUGGAGGCAGCGGCAGUUCAUCGGAGAAUCUGCCUUUUGCAGAGGAGGGAAGCUUAACGAUCCGCCGCCAGGGCCGAGGAGAAGGAGAAGGACAGUGUGUAUUUUGUGUUUGUCUGCAGGGCGACGGCGAGGGAGGUCCCCAGGGAGAUGGUGGCUACACCCAGGAGGACAUCGCCGGCAUCGAGGCCACGUCGACCUUGAAGCGACGGCCGCGCGGCUCCAAGCCCCACCCCAACGGCUCCGACUUCACCCUCCAGGAGUCGUCCACCGUCAAGCGAAGACCCAAGAGCCGCGACAAGGAGCCCGAGGGCUACGCAGAGCUGGCCGCCGCUAACGGAGAGCCCGUGGAAACCGGGUUGCCAAACACCACGCAGCCAGUACCUUACCAGAACGGCACUGCCACCAUGAAACGCCGCACGGUGCCCGGUGGCCCAGAUGCUGGAGUGACAGAGCAACCCCAACCCCAUCAUCAACCCCAACCCAACCAUCAACCUCAACCACAUCAUCAACCUCAUCAUCAACCCCAACAACAACCCCAACAACAACCCCAACCCCAACCUCAACCGCCAGUGACCGCUGCUCCUCGCAGGGACAGCGUGGAUGUAGGAGCCCCAGUGGUCAAUGAAGGAGCUCCGCAGAGGAAACCGAAGCCGCCAGUCUCCCCGAAGCCGGUAGUGGGGCAGAUAAAGAGAGGACCACAGACGCCCCCACAGCCUGCCAACAAGAGGGUCCCGCUGCCGGGCCCUGGCACACCCGGAAGUCCAGUGGAAGGAAAGAAGAUUCCUCCACCUGUGUCGCCGAAACCGGUGCCCCCGCCCACGGCGCCCAAACCGUCCAAGCUCAUCCACUCCAUGACCAGCCCCCCCUCCCCGACCCCAGCCCCAGCCCCAGUCAAGCAGCACUCUGUGGUGGCCCGGCAGACCAGCUCGCCCCCGUCUUUCCCUCCCUCCAACACCCCCAGCCCUCCCAAUGCCAAACCGACGAGCCCGUCUUCCCAGAGCCCCCACACGCCGCAGACCCCCACCACGCCACUGACUCCCCAGACUCCCGCCACUCCCAGCCCCACCCCGCCGCCCGUCAAGCCCCCUCGGUCCUCCAUCGGGGGUGUGUCUGUGGACAGCGGGAUGGUCGGCGGUGGGGUGACGGCGCCGGCUGCUGCGACAUCACCGGACUUCUGUGUGGAUUCUCUGGUGCAUCAGAAGCUGGAGGAGACCAGUGCGUCGCUGGCCGCGGCUCUGCGGGCGGUGGAGGAUAAGAUACUGCGGCAGGAGGACUCUGUGGCUGAGCAGAAGACCACAGUCAGUAUCCUGGACGACAUCGGCAGCAUGUUCGAUGACCUGGCCGACCAGCUGGACGCCAUGUUGGAGUAACCAUAGAAACCGGUCAGCAUGUCUCCAUGGCAACGCUGCAGCAGGACCAACUCAUGAUGGCACAAUGGGCGAGAUGCCUCUCUUCCUCUCUCUCUGUCUCUCUCUCUCUCUCUCCUUCUAUUCAUCUACUCUUCCAGUCGUCCAUCCAUUGCUGCUCUGGAAUAACCUCGUUCAUCCUCCUCUUCCUCUCGUCUCCUGUUGCUGAUGAAGAAAAUGACGACGGAGCGACGCAACAGGCCUGGACGUGACGUUGGCGGUGAGAGAGGGCGUGCAAGAAUGAGGGAUGGACAGAGAGAGAGUGACACUAAAAGAGAGGGGUUUGAAAAGAAAAAGGACCAAAAACGACUUAUGGGAAAGAGAAAAUAAAAAAAAAAUGGCGAUGAAGAAGUGAAAGAAAAUGGAGGAGACUGCGUUUAUGAACUCAGCGUGGACUCGAACAAAUAAACUAAACUAAUACUGAUUGAAAAACCAACUGUGUGAUGAAUCAUAGUGUGGUAUGUGUACAUUCUAAGCAUGGAGAGUUUAUAUCUAUUGACAAAGUCCUGCAUUAGCACACUAAUAUAUAAUAUACCGAUAAAUAUGAAUCUCUAGCUCUUUGGUUUGGUGUCUUGGUUCUGUGUGGAAUGGUGACCUCUGGUGUUGUGACGACGUAAAUGACUUGGUGGAAAAUUUUUUUAUCUGUGACCAAAACGGGACUAUUCAGCUCCUCAAGUGUGUGUGUGUGUGAGUGUGUGAGUGUGUGUGUGUGCGCGUGCAUGUGUGUGUGUGUGUGUGUGUGUCUGAUAAGGCCCGUUUAAAAGGUGUUUGUGGAUCGUCAGAAUUUCCUGAUCAAAUCCAGAUUCCUGUCCUGGCUGCAUCCAUCCUCAUCGUCACCUUCAACACACUCACUCACACACACACACACAGAAGAAGCACAAUGACCCAUGCAGCCAGCUCGCACACACACAGACACACACAGACACACACACAGGAGCCCGCACAAUAUAAACUAAUAUAACGAGAGAAGGGGAGGGAGAGAGGCGAACGCAGGAUGUCCUGGAAAGCAGAUGUUACGUGUUGUGGAUAAAGUUGGCACCACUGAAAGUUUGGGGAAAUGGUUUCAGGAUGCAGUUGAAAGAGUUUUAGUAAAACGAGGUUGAGGCGGUGGAGUGGCUGAGUCUCGGGGUUAAAGGUCAGAUCAGGCUCGGUUGGUCCAAACCCCCCCCCCCCCCGCACAAUACAAACACAAGCACCAGAGUCAGAGAGACGAGCCCAGAUUCACCCGACUCAUGAUACCAGUUAUUCCACUGGAAAACAAAACAAAGAGCAUAGCAACAAACUUCAGGUCCUCACAUCCGACAUUUCAAUUAUUUUUCUAAAAUCGUAUCAUUCAAGAAUUAGAGAUUCUAACGAGAUCACACAGUUAAAAAAAUCCUCAUAAUUUCCAGAGUGUACAGUCAUUUUCCAAAACCCUCAGAAGCUGGGACGCACUGAUUCGAUUCAAUAUGGUUUGUUAAAAAAUAUUUCAAAAGCAGUUUGUGUUCAAUCAUCCUGUGAAGAAGUCGAAUUAUCUAAUUAUUUAAAAAUCCAUGAUCUCAUGUGAUUCGAUUCUUGAGGAUAUGUCUUAAAGGAAUCAUUCACAAAAAGUAUCGGCUCCUGUACAGAACCCUGUGGAACUCCAUGACUAACGUGUGUGUGCACGGAGGAGUCGUUGUUAACUUUGGAAUCUAUCAGUGCGACUUGAACUGCUGCUGCUCCUUCACGUGCGCUGGACUGGGUCUGUCCUAGAACCAGCUGUUAACAUCUGUAUCAGGCUGAUCUCAGUGCGUCCCUUCUCUAAGAUCCUGCAUCGAAACGUUCCCAGAUCCACGAGUUUAAUUUCUCCAGAAUAUAAAGAAAGAAAAAAAAAACACAAUUCACCCUUCAUCCCACUCUCUCUCUCUCUCGACCGCCCACCCCCUGCUGCCAUGACAAUCU